AUGCUCGAGUACCGGCCGCAUCCGAACGCUUGCCCUGACCCUUCCUCUCAACCCGCUGCCGAGCUUGUUGACCCCGGGGAGCCUCUGUCGAGCGAGAGUGUUCCGAUCCCGCCCAGCACCCGCCUCCCAGCGAACCGAGCUGCAACCGCGAACAUAGCAUCUUCCACCGGUCAAGACGCUCCUGACGUGACCCAGCCUUCGCGGCAGGUCGCCGGGCUUAGACGACGACGAGCACCCGACGACGAGGGCGACCACCGCGGCACCGAGGAUUCCCGCACAGGCAGCCCCCCCAAGCGUCGCCGCCAUUCCAAAGAUCGGACAGACGCCAUGCUGGGCGAUGACGAUGCAGCAAUGCCGGCUAAUGGCGACUUUGCAGCUCAUCCCCGACCGCGGGCGACUAAGGGUAUCCUCAACGGCUCCGGAGCGGCAAACACAGCGCUAAACGGCGCUUCCGCCGCCGCCACCAGCUCUAACGGCGUCAAGGGGGGGCCGGAGCGUCACCACAGGCCUUCCAAGUACCACGGUCACGAUGCGGAAGAGGUCACGCGGCUCAUCAUCCAGGCCCUGGAUGACAUGGGGUACACAGAGGCGGCAGCCGACGUCAGCCGAACCAGCGGCUUCCAGCUGGAGAGCCCAACUGUUUCAAACCUCAAGAGCGCCAUUCUGGACGGGCUCUGGGAUGAGGCUGACGAGCUGCUGGAAGGUGCCGCAGACACGGAUGGGGCUGACGGUGACGGGAAUGGACUUCUUCUCGCGAAAGGCGCUGACCGCAAGAUGAUGAGGUUCCGCCUCAAGAAGCAGAAAUACCUCGAGCUCCUCGAAGCCGGAGACACACCCGGGGCCUUGCAUACUCUUCGUUCCGAGCUGACACCCUUGUCCAGCAACAUUACUACCACAAACUUCCUUUCGAGCCUGCUUUUGACCACGUCAGCAGACGAACUGAGGAGCAGGGCUCAGUGGGACGGUGCUAAGGCUACGUCGCGGAGCGAGCUACUCUCCAACAUUUGCACUCGAGAGGCGGCGAGAGGCUACGAAGGUUUCGGUAACAUUGCCUGGAGCCCUGACAGCAGUAAGCUAGCCAUUUGCUUACAGGACAAGCACUUGCGUGUCUACAGAUUGGCGGAUGGCGCUUCCAUCCUCCAGACAAGGAGGUACAAUGAGCCAGUCAGCAGUUGUGUCUGGUCGCUCGAUGGCAAGUCCCUUGUGGUGGGAACUCUGGAUCCCGCCGCUAGUAUCGUUACCGUCGAACUGGAGGGUUCACGUGAAUCAAACUGGAAUCGGCGCGACCUUCGCGUCCAAGACAUGUGUGGCUCGCCUGACGGGCGCUGGAUCGUUGCUAUGGACGACAAGCGCAGCAUACACGUUUUCAACGCCGCGACCCGAGAGCAAGACUACCAGCUGGAUCUGAAAGGUCACCCGGGCUCGGUAUGUGUCUGUGCGGACUCGAGACAUCUCCUGGUGAACAUGACGGGCGGAGGGGAGGCACAACUCAUCGACCUGUACACUAGCACGGUCGUGCAGAAGUACAAAGGACACACGCUCGCCGACGAAUACAUAGUGCGGAGCACGCUCGGCGGUGCGCACGAGAGUUUCGUCUUGAGUGGUAGCGAGGACGGAUACGUAUACAUCUGGCACAAGGAACUCGGGGAGCUCGUCGAGUCCAUUCCCGGCCACGCGAAGCGGAGCAAUUCCGUGGCGUGGAAGCCUGAUGAUCCAAGCAUGUUCGCAUCAUGCAGUGACGACGGGAGGGUCAAGAUUUGGGCGGAUGCGACCCGGGCAGCUGCCCUCCGACAAGGCGAGCCCUACAGCGGGAUACCUCGACCAGAGACCUAG